UAGAAUAGAAACGGAAUGAGGGGGGAGAGCACCAAAGGCCAAAGAAAAAGAGCGGACGAAAAUUUGGAGUGCGGGUGGAGGGAAGAGUGUGCGGGACGGACGGGAGGAGUGAAAUGCAAGAAAGGGGAGGGGGCGCCGCGUGAGGAAGGAAAGAGUGCAUUUGUUGUGCCCACGGACUCUGGCAGCCAUUCAAUGCUCCACCAAACGCUCAUCCCUUCUUCCCCCCUUCCCCUGCCCCUCGCCUUCUCCGCCUCCGCUUCCUCCGACCCUCCCCUCCUCUUCGCCCCCGCCGCCAACCCCGCCGCCGCCGCCGCAGCAGCUCCCCUUCGCUCCUCAGCCAUGCCGUCCUACGCGCACCACCACAGCUCUCUGGCCGCGAAGGACGAGCGGAUGGACGCGCUCAAGGGCAGUGGCCGGCACGAGGAGACGGCCGACGAGGUCGCCGCCGCCGACGCGCCGCCGGCCUGGGGCUUCGCCGAGAGGGACGGCUUCUCCGUCGAGGACCUGCUGGACCUCGAGGAGUUCUGCGAGCCGGAUAAGGACGCCGCCGACGAGCCCGAGGAGGCGCCGCCGGCCGCCGCCGCGAAAGAAGACAAGUUGAACGGCGGGCCCCGUGCCUCCGCCGUGUCGUACGAGCUCGCCCCUCCGGCGCCGCCAGCGCCGGAGAUUGUUGACCUGCCGGCGCAUGACGUCGAGGAGGAGCUCGAGUGGGUGUCCCGUAUCAUGGACGACUCGCUCUCCGAGCUGCCGCCGCAGCCGGCGCCGCCCGCGUCGAUGAUGGCGGCGCGCCCGCCGCAGCACCGUCUGCUGCCGCAGCGGCGCCCGCAGGACGGAGCGUACCGCGCCCUGCCGUCCAUGUCCGACCCCAUGCGGACUCCGACCAUAUGCGCGCUGUCGACGGAGGCGCUGGUCCCUAUCAAGGCGAAGCGCAGCAAGCGGUCUCGGGCGUCGGGGUGGUCGCUCUCGGGCCCCACGCCGGACUCCACCUCGUCCUCGUCGACCACCACCACCUCCUCGUGCUCCUCGUCGGCCUCCUUCUCGCCCUACUUCCUGCUGGACUCGCCCCAGUUCGGCGCGUCGGAGCUCAUGGGGGAGUACAACAUCCUGCCGCCGCCGGCGCCCAAGAAGUCCAAGCACGGUAAGAGCAGCAAGAACAAGCCCAAGAAGCGCGGCCGCAAGCCCAAGAACCUCCCCGCCCACCCGCCCAGCGGCGCGGAGGCCGCCGCCACCCAGAGCGACCGGCGCUGCAGCCACUGCGGCGUCCAGAAGACCCCGCAGUGGCGCGCGGGGCCGGAGGGCGCCAAGACGCUGUGCAACGCGUGCGGCGUCCGCUACAAGUCCGGCAGGCUCCUCCCCGAGUACCGCCCGGCGUGCAGCCCGACGUACGUGAGCAGCGUCCACUCCAACUCCCACCGCAAGGUGCUCGAGAUGAGGCGCAAGAAGGAGGACGGCCCUCUCGCAGUCACCGCCACCGCGCCCGCAGUGGCGUCCUUCUAGCUCGCUCGCUCGCUCCGUCGCUCGCCAGCUGGCCACUGCGUCCGCGGUGGCUGUACAUUUUCCCGCUCGUAUUAGUCUUUGUACUACCGUACCCGAACCUUUUUUUUUUCCUCCCAUUUCUCAGCUAGUAUCAUCGUCCGAGUCAGUAGUUUCGUUUGGAUAUUAAUUAGAGUCCAGCAAGAGGUUUAGGUCAUGCUAGGUUUAGGAAUUCGGCUCCUCCAACUCCACCACCUUCACUAGCUUGUUAGAGUACUAAGCACUGCUACAGGAGCAGUGCAGCACUAGCGCAGAACUUUAUUUCCAUCGUUGUCCCAAGGAGUUUUUCUUUCUUUCUA